GGCCCUAAAACCCAGUAAGGACUGGCGAGUUUCUUGCUGUCCCGAGAUAUGAAGAAAUCAGAAAGCCAAAUGGAAAAGGCAACGGGGUAUUGAUUACCGGGUUUCGGGGUUCGGGGUUUGGUUCCAGGUUACGGGUCUUGAUCAUAGGAUUUGUCACAGUUGUAAACACUGCGAUGGAGAGUGAAGCAAUUUCCAUUUGUUUACAUAUCCAUGGUCACCCAUUCUAGGCAUUCCAGCUAUACUUUUAAAUAGAAAUAUCAGAAGACGUCGAAUCCAUGGAUUGGGGGUGUAGCUAUUUUAAGAAACCGACAGGCGGGAAGUUUAAUUAUAAGCAGUGGAAAUGUCGCAAAGAAGGGCACGUUUUUUUAAAAAUAGCUAUUGCUAAGUUUUCGUAUUUUUCGUUUACUUUAAAAAAGAUUGUACUUGAAGGAUGGACUUUAGCAUAAUAUUACCUAAUGGUGAAAAUAUACAUAUACAUUUGAAAUCAAAGAAAUUGAAAGGAAAUUUCCUUGUGGAAGAAACAUUUAAUGCACUGAAAAUAUCAAACGAUAGCCAAAUUUUCGGUUUACGAUACUCGGACAAAAAUGAUGCUGGUAUGAAUUGGUUACAACCGGAAGAAAACCUAAGGACACUGAAAUAUUUGCGUUCUAUCUCAGACACUGAGGAAGUUUGUUUACACUUUGCUGUGAGGGUUUAUCCAAGAAAUCCAGACUUAGCAAUAACAACUGCAGAAGGAAGACGCUUAUUCAGGCAUUUUAUGAAAGGGCUGUUGAUUAAUGGAGACUUGGGUUGCAAUGUUAAAACACAUGCUAUGCUUGAUGCCUUUAUAGCACAAGCUGAACUGGGUAAUUUUAAUGUAAAUGAAAAAGAGUAUUCUACAGAAAUGAACAAAUUCGAAAUAUUUGCUCCAACAACACUGAGUUGCAAUGAAACAAUUUCUGAAAUUAAUUAUAUGAAACUGGUAAGAGUGUAUCACAAACAAUUACAGGGUACUCGCCCAGCACAAGCAGAUAUAUUAUAUCUUAGUCUUGUUCAAAAAGUUCCCCUCUAUGGUUAUAUCAUUUACAAUAUUUGUGAUAAAGCUACAGAGAGUUUUUUCAUUGCUUUGUCAGAAAAUGGAGUUCAUUUCGUAUAUGAGUCAUAUAUUGAAAAGUUUACUCUUCCUAAAAGGAUGGAAACAUUUGCCUGGAGAGAUUUGGUUUAUUUGGAAAUUGAAAAACACAAAGUUAAAAUGGGGUUUUUCCCACAACAAGGAGACUUUGCUGAAAGACAAUUUAAAUUAAAAAGUAAAUACAGCAAUGGUGGCAUAUUUCGAUUUGAAAUGGAUUUAAAUAAAUAUAAGGAUCUGUAUCUUAAUGUUGUUGAUGGGUUAGAAGUAUUUGAUAGCCGUAAGCAAGCACAAAGAUGUUAUACUACAAAAAUACCACAACGAAAUAAAUCAUGGAACAAAAAAUUCAGCUCUUUCAGACAUUCUUUAAGAAACUCUGUAAGACGGAACAAAACGAGACACCACAGCAACUAUGAGGGGACGAAAUUUGUUGAGCAUGAUAAACGAAGAAUUCAUUCGGAGUAACAUUUCUCAAUAUUUGUAUAAUACCUUAAGCAUGUGAAUGAGUAAUUGUACAAAUAUUUAAAGUAAAAUGGCUUAUUUUAAGAAUUUUUGUUUACAAUGUGAGUUUGAGAUGUUUACAAAAUUUAAAAAACAUCUGCUCUUAUAAUACCCAGGAGUUAAUAAUAAAAAUAAAAACAUUGAAAAAGUAAUAUAAUAUCCUGUACUGUUUUCCAUAUAAGGAUGUGUUAUAACAUGAAUAGGAAUUUUUGUGAGAAAUCUAGUCUAGGUUGUGUUUGUUACAAAAAUUCUUGAUUCCUUAAAGGGGAUUGAAUUUCACAAACCUGCUAGAUCUCAUAAAAUUUCAUUAAAAACACGCCAGGCUUUAUCUUUGUGUCCAUUUUCUAAUAAUUUUACAGUAAAUUACAGAAUUUGAGAACUAGUUCUGAAAAACUUAACUAGAAAUUUUCUUGCAAAAUUAAAUUCUGUGAAUUGUUAAAUUUGCGUUCAAUUUAACGGUAUUCUUCUCUCGUCUGGUCUGGUUAUUAUUUUUAUAAUUUGGAAGUUCUCAACCAAUUAUAUUUUUAAUUUAAAUCUUGAAAGUACAUUUGCUAUAUAAACGAAUGCGAUUAUUAAAAUUUUUUAUUCUGGUUUAUUCUAUAUAGAUGAUCAAUGAAAUAGCGAUCACUAAAAGUUAUUUGAUUAGUGAUCAUAUUGUGUUUUAUAUAUUUAUUAUUUAUAUUUGUUACAUGAAAUUAUCUUGUAGUCUAUGGUUACAAAUUUAGCUAGCCCCUCUAACAAUAUCAGAUAAUUCUGAAACCUGAAUAUUGUUUUGUAUUUCAACCUCGAAUGUGUACACAAUUGUGACAGUGAUUUUAUUAUAAAAGUUAUUAAACUUGGUGCAUUUUUGAAAUGUGUUUCGUUAAAUAUUUUUUUUCACGUAUAUUUUUAUGUCAAAAAUUUUAUUUAUUUUCUUUCUCUUUUUUUUUUGCCAAAACAUAAAUUAUUAGAAGCUGGUAAUAAAUCCGAAAUGACCAUUACGCUUUUUUAUUGUUUUUCUCUCUGUCUGGUAAUCUUCAGGGUUUUUCUAUAUGAAAACGGUAAGGCGGAAUAAAUUUAGGUUGCACGAGAAAAAAUGGGAUAUAAAAGAGCAGAGAUACACUAAGACCGUUUUUGGCGCACCUACAUGCACUUGUGGGAGCAUCGGUGAAUACCCCUCUAUCAGUCCCUCACCCAACACCUAUAUUGAGUAUCCAUGCACAGUUGUAAACAUGGCACAUACAUCUAUGUUCAACGCUCCUACACCACGUAACAGUGACUACUUGUAUACAUCCAUCAUUCAUUCAGUCCCACACUCGCUGCUCAUCGUAUCGAUCAAAGCACACUUGUGAACAUCGGCCAAUCUUUCAUUCAAAACACGUUGCUACCCCACUUUUUGGCGCAGUUCCAUGAACAUCAAUGAAUCCCGCCCUAAAUCCACUGCUAACCGCCUCGAUUAGCUGCUCAUUGUCUAUAUCAGCGCAUACUUGUUAACUUUGGCGAAUACUUGAUGCAUACAACGUGUGAGAACCAUCAAAAGUUGUGACCGCGCGUUCGCGAAGACUUCUACUAUAGUCAUUGACUCCUUAUUUAUUAGAAGAGUUAAACAAGAAGUCUAAGCCUUGUUUAAUGAAGCAUAUGCCCGAAACUCAUAAACACUUUGUCCCAUCCAAUUCACAUGGUUUUCACGGCGGGCUAUUUCCCGUGUGAAAAUGCUUAACUCGUAUUUUUCAAACGGCCUGGCUAUUUUGUCAAGGAUUGUUACAUGGAGUUUGCGCCGCAAUUCGACACUCCUUCAAUUGCAACCUAGGUUUUCACAAUAGCAGGUACAACAGCAGCGCGAUGGAGAGAUUUGUAGAAAAAUAAAAAUGGCUACCUGGCUAAACACACUGAAAGGUUGCUGCAAGUGUUUAAAGUUUUGAUUUGGUAUAUAACGAGUAAAAAAUGGAUAAAUUAUUGUUAUUUUAUGGCUUUCGUAGCUACCGUUACUCAUUAUUGCAUAUAAUAAAAAAUAAAAAGAAGAUGGGAUGGAGGCAGCACAGCUAGCUAGCUGCCAGAACACACAGGACAGUCAAACAACAAAAACUACUUUUGUGACACAUUGUAUCUCAAUAUGAAGCAAAUAAUAACACAACAACUCUGUUUAAAUAAAACAUAUGAACUAUGAAAACUUUUUUUUAAUAAAAUAUAAACUAUCAUAUAGCUAGUGUUUUAUAACAUCUAUUCACAGAAAAAAAUGAUGAUGAUCUAGAA